AUGGAUUGGUCGUCUCUCACCAGCUGCACCACGGUCAUGAUCCUUCUCUUCCUGCCGUUGAGCGCUUCCCAAGACCGGCUUGUCCCCGGCAGGGCGCUGUCCCCUGGUAACACCAUCGUCUCCGAUGAUGGUGGAUUCGCCUUGGGCUUCUUCAACCCCUCCAAUUCUUCUCUGGCCAGCUUGUACCUAGGCGUAUGGUACAACGACAUCCCCGAGCUCACCGUUGUGUGGGUCGCCAACCAAAAUACCCCGGCCACCAACACAACUUCCUCAACACCGAAGCUCUCCCUCACCAAUAGCUCUAAUCUGGUUCUCUCUGAUGGUGGUGGCGGAAGCCGUGUCGUUUGGACAACAGCCAACCUGACCAAUGGUCUGGUCUCAUCUACCCCGACGGCGGUGCUUCUAAACACCGGUAACUUCGUCAUCCGAUCGUCAAACGGCACCAUCCUGUGGCAGAGCUUCGACCAACGCACAGACACCUUCCUUCCCAGCAUGAAGCUCGACAUAAACUACAGGACGCGUACCACCACCAAGCGGCUGGUAUCAUGGAAAGGCCCCAGCGACCCCUCGCAGGGGCGCUUCUCCUAUGGCAGCGACACAAACAGGUCGCUCCAAGUAUUCCUGUGGGACGGCGAGCACCCGGUAUCUCGUGCCGCUCCCUGGACAGGGUAUCUAGCCCAACAACAACUAAUUGGGGACACAAAUAUCAGCGAUCAUAUCAUCUACCUAGCCUAUGUCGACAAUGAGGAUGAGGCAUACGUCACUUAUAGUCUCUCCGACGGCGCCCCGCGCACCAGGUUUGUGCUAACCUACUAUGGCGAGUUUCAGAUCCAAAGCUGGAGCAGUAGGUCAUCAACAUGGGUUGUCAUUUGGAAGUUUCCAACUGUUGAAUGCAACCGUUACAGUUACUGUGGCCCCAAUGGUUACUGCGACAAGACGGCCACGACACCCACCAUGCCAACAUGCAAGUGCCUAGAUGGCUUUGAGCCAAGUAGCACGGAGGAGUGGACCAGCGGCAGAUUCUCGGCGGGGUGCCAACGGAAGGAGGCACUGCAAGGGUGCAGUGACGGCUUCGUGCCCUUGCCGGGGAUGAAGUCACCUGACAGGUUUUUGUUUAUUGGUGGAGGUAGAAGUAAGUAUGAGGAGUAUGCGGCAGAGUGUAGCCGCAAUUGCUCCUGUGUGGCAUACGCGUUCGCCAACCUGAGCAGCAGCAGGUUUGGAGGACACGUGACGAGAGGUAAAAGAAUAAAGAGCAAUGCAGUGAGGAUUGUGCUGCCAAUUUUAGGCUCUAGUGUUCUGGUACUCGUAUGCAUCUCCCUUGCAUGGUUAAAAUUCAGAGGUAUGUCUGACGAAUGUGAAGAAGAAAACCCUCACUAUGAUCAAGCAUUUCCAUUCGUAAAACUAGAAGAAAUUGCCCUCACAACCCAAGAUUUCUCUAAAACCUGCAUGAUUGGAAAGGGAGGUUUUGGUAAAGUAUACAAGGGAAUGUUAGGUGGUCAAGAAGUUGCAAUCAAGAGACUAAGUAGAGAUUCUCGACAAGGAACAAAAGAAUUUAGGAAUGAAGUGAUUCUAAUUGCCAAAUUGCAACAUAGAAACUUGGUUCGACUUCUUGGAUGUUGCAGCGAGGGAGAUGAAAAACUCCUGAUAUACGAGUAUCUACCUAAUAAGAGCUUAGAUUCUACCCUUUUUGAUGAGUCAAGAAAACUGAUGUUGGACUGGGCGACAAGAUUCCGUAUAAUCAAAGGGAUUGCAAGGAGACUUCUAUAUCUUCACGAAGACUCAAGGUUCACCAUAAUUCAUAGAGAUCUGAAAGCUGGAAAUGUUUUGCUCGGUGCAAAUUUGAAACCCAAGAUAGCUGAUUUUGGUAUGGCGAGGAUCUUUGGCGAUAAUGAAGAAAAUGCAAAUACCCAACGCAUUGUUGGAACAUAUGGCUACAUGGCUCCUGAGUAUGCAAUGGAAGGAGUCUUCUCUACCAAGUCCGACGUGUACAGUUUUGGCGUGUUACUACUGGAGGUUGUAACUGGUAUAAGGAGAAACUCCAUUAGUCAAACCAUGGGAUUCCCUAGCCUCACAGUUUACUCAUGGAAUAUGUGGAAGGAAGACAAGACUGAGGAGUUGCCUGACUCAUCCAUCAUAGAUACUUCACCCGAUGAAGUUUUACUUUGCGUCCAUGUAGCGCUAUUGUGUGUCCAAGAGAACCCUGACGAUAGGCCGCUCAUGUCAUCUGUGGUGUUUGUCCUAGAGAACGGAAGCACCACACUUACAGCCCCCAAUCGCCCUGCCUGCUUUGCGCGACGAAGUGCUGAAAUGGAUCAAAUCAGAAAUGAUAUUCAAACUUCCGUGAACAGUUUUACUCUUACUGAGAUAGAGGGCAGAUGA